AUGACCGAAACUGUUCUUGUGUUUGGCGCAUCUGGCAACAUAGGCGUUGCUGCCAUCAUUGGUGCUCGGCGGGCCAAUCGCCAUGUCAUUGCUGUCGUCCGCAACCAAGCCGGUGCGGAAAAGAUGUUCCGUCACGUCGGUAGCCGUGAAGGCAUCACGGUUGUGGAGGCAGACGUGACUUCAGAGGAAUCAGUUCAUGACAUCGUCGACCAAGUUCGAGCUGGGAAGCUUCCCGCUUUCCAGCAUGUCUGGGCCUCACCUGGUGGUUCUUACGCAAGAAAUCCCAUAUUAGACUUCAAGAUUGCGGACCUUCGCGAGGUCAUGGCGGUGAACUUUGAAUCUUACGUCAUUGCCUAUCAUGCUACUGUGCCAUACCUGCUCGAACAAGGCUUUGCGGAUAGCACUUGGACAAUGUGCACCGGUGCCUCCGGUGACUUUGGCACACCCGCAGCAGCAGCCAUGUCACAAGGAGCCCUGUAUAGCUUUGCCAUUGCAGCCUCUCGGGAGAACGAAGGGAAUGCGAUUCGUUUCAACGAGGUUUAUCUUGCCUAUCGGGUUCAGUACCAAUUGGAGCCGGAUUCAGAGAGAUUUGCUGGUUUUCAUAUGACUACCUGCUCAGAUUUUGCCCCUCUAUACGAACAGCUCCUUGGCAGGGUGGAUAUUAGAGGAACCAGGGUCAUGGUAAAAACCCCAGAGGAUGUUAACAACCUGAAGUAUGAGAAGCGGUACAACUAA